AUGGAACUCUUCAGUUACAGCGCGGGUCCUAUCUUUGGCCUCAUCGCCUUUGUGGUAGCACUAGCUUCCAUAGCUACGUAUCAAAAGUUUGGGGGACGUCUUUCCGCUCAAGAUGUUAUCGGUACAUGGCAUCUGCUGAGUCUUCAUUUUUGCCUCAACGAGGACGCCACAGAAAUUAUCGGGGAGCCAGCUGGCCCUAAUCCGCUGGGAAGAAUCACAUUCACGCGCGAAGGCUACAUGAGCGCCCUUAUCACCGAUCCACGAAUAGCACAUCCCAUUGACAAACCCUGGAUAGCGAUGGCGCUCUCGGCCUACUGUGGGAAAUACAAGGUCUCCGAAAAGAAUGGAGAGCUGCAAAUAGCGACACAGGUCGAGAUUUCGCUGGACCCAAAUUGGAUUGGGAGUAAACAAGUCAGAAAUGUGAGAUUGGGGGAGGUGAAAGACGGGAAACAGACAUUGGUGAUCACGCCCACCGAGUCGUUUACAUUAGCCAACGGAAUCUCAGGAUGGGCUGUCCUCACAUGGGUGAAGAUGGAUCUUUGA